AAUAGAAGUGAUCUUCGCCUCGUACACCGCGCGCUCGAUCGCGUCGCAGCCAAUAAGUGCUAGUUCACAGACUGCUCGUACUCGGGCUGGCAGUAGUGUGAUGCCGUGCACGCAGCCGGGGCUCUACGCGUGCCAGUCGCACUUGAUUCAGGCCGGUUGGACGCAACCGCAACACUGCCACAAGGCGUACACGCAAUACAGCAAUCUGUGUCGGCACAAGCGAAUGCAACCGCAGUGCCAUCGGCAACCAACGUGUGCCCAUUGCGACGCCACUUUUGCCAGUUGGCGCGAUCUCGAACGGCACCGACGCUCCCUUGUUCCCACCGCUUUGGCCCAUAAACAGGCCGGGUCGAGCAGGCAGGUGCCUUCUGCUACCGACGGAGUCGGACAGACCGAAGCCGAUCCUGUUGCCGGCCUGCAGAUGAGGGGCAACCCUAUAGACAAGCCAUGCAAGGUGAACCUGUGGGGUGUAGCGUGUUGA